CGGAGCUGUUCUUUAUAAAGAGACCGCUUCUCUUGGAACUGCCUUUCCCUCCUCGCUGGAGACUGCUGCUGGACCACUUCUGUUCUCAAACUGAUCGGAACAGAACCUUAACCGAAACAGAAGCUUGGAUCAGGACCAAUUGUGGGCACUUCUGAAGGAGCGAAUUCAACAAAACAAGUGGGUUGAGGCAUCAGAGUGGACAUGUGGCUACUGGAGAAGCUCCGCAGCUCAAUGGAGAGCAGUGGGACACACUUGCAGUCCCCACAGACCACUGAGGCCAUUCCUGUUUCUGUGUACGCUAAUGUCCUCACUCCAGAAAAGAUUCCCGAUUUCUUCAUUCCCCCAAAACUUAUCUGCUGCCCACCAGAGGAAUCAGAAACCCCCGAGCCUCAGCAUUGCUCCACCUUGCGACCGUCCUCCUCUGACCAUGUCAUCUGCAUCCAGAGCCCAAGAGCUCGUAGCAGCAAAAACCCCUGCAGUCCUCGCCUCUUUUCCCGUAUGGCAGGGGACACACGCAGCCUCCAAAAGUCAGCCAACCGUCACAUCAUCCAGAUAGAGAGCGCAGACGAGCCAGCCACGGGAGUUUCGGAUGGUGUCAACACCAACGCAGACCCCCAGUCACAGACCGCAAUGUCUCUGCCUUAUGUCCCCAAGGCUCAGACCUCCUACGGCUUUUCCACCCUGAUGGAGUCUCCCCAUACCCGUCGCAAGGAGAGCCUGUUCCACAGCAACCCAGGUAGCCCUCAUACCUCCCCGAACUCCCAGAGGCGCUGCCAAGGAGGGACUCAUCUGGCCCCGGUGGAUACGAACCCAUACCGCUACUUUAGUGGUGGAGAAAGUGACACCUGCUCCUCAGCAGAAUCGUCACCCUUUAACUCCCCUCUGCUGUCCCGCUCAGCCUCUCUCCUGCGCUCCAUCACCCAGGAGACAAAGGCCAAGGUAUCUCGUGCCAAACGCUCCUUGGCCCGCCACAGCUCCCUCUCCACUGAUGAAUGUAGCUCAGCCGACAACAGCCCCAACAUGCAACGCCGCCGCAUGCAUUGCCCGACCUCUCCCGCCCUGCGUAGAUGCAAAAGCAGCGGAUUGAGAGGUGCAGCGUCUGACCCCUUACAGCGCGAGCACGUCAUCAACCUUCACAAGGGGGGGACACUCAGGCUGAGCACUCACUACGAUCCAGAGGCAGCGCGGCUGAGGGUGCGCGUGCUGACGGCAGAGGCCAUUUAUGAUAGGCAGACGGACCUUAAGAGCAUCAACUGCUGUGUGGCACUUUAUCUGAAACCCGGCAAGAAGCAGAAACAGAGAAGCACUAUUAUCAAGAACAGCAGGAAUCCUGUGUUCAACGAGGACUUUUUCUUUGAUUCGCUGCCUCAGGCGCAAGUCAAGAAUCUGGCCAUGAAGAUAAAAGUAGUAAACAAGGGAACCAGUCUGAAGAGAGAUGUGCUUCUUGGAGAACGACAAGUGCGGCUCAGUGAGCUGCUGGCUGGCGUGUAGGAAAACCCCUGCGAAGAAUUUGGUGAAAAACAAGCAGCCCCUGAUCUUCAGUCUUUUCUUCCCUGCAGUCAUCCCACUCCACAGAUUUGAAGCACUGGUGGAAGGAAUCCUGGGGGAGUUGUAUCUUGCACACAAAAAGCAAAACCAAAACACUUAUGAAAAGUACGAUUACAUUAACAUUACAAUGACAUUAACACUUUCCGAGGUUUCAUCGAUUUGUUAGUUUGCAAUUUAGUGGAACCUUGUUUGUGUAUUUUUGGGGUUCGCAAAGUGUCCUUUCCAGUGGGUUGUGAUAGUCUUGUUUAAAUGGGAUUUAAAUUCCCACAGUGAUGCAUAAUGUUUAUGUGUGGCCUUCCUGUGUAUUUGAAAUACAUAAAUAGUUUGUUUGAUUUUGUAAUCGGGAAUUCAUUUCUUUCUGAAUGAAGCUGCUGUUAAGUGACUUGCUGCUGUUCAAUUAAUCAAUA